UUGCUUUGCGUAAAUUAUCUUCACCGUUUUCGUCUCUCGAUUAUCCGAAAGUGUUCUCUUUCCUUUGCCGUGAAUUUGCAUGUGAUUUGAGAUCAACCGUUGCCUCCGUGAAGCCGUGAUCCUUACUGAUAUUGGGGAGCGGAGAGGAUAUACUGUAAUUGUUCAAAAUGACUGGUGAAAUCAACCCCAAAGCCUACCCUAUGGCAGAUGAUAGUUUGACCAAGACCAUCUUUGAAUUGGUGACACAAGCGUCGAAUUACAAGCAACUACGAAAGGGUGCGAACGAAGCAACAAAAACAUUGAACAGGGGAUUGUCCGAGCUAAUCAUACUUGCUGGAGAUGCUGAACCAUUGGAAAUUUUGCUUCAUCUUCCUCUGUUAUGUGAAGACAAAAAUGUUCCUUAUGUGUUUGUUGGAUCCAAGCAGGGACUGGGUCGAGCUUGUGGAGUUUCCAGACCUGUAAUUGCAUGUUCUGUCCUGCAGAAAGAUGGAUCGCAACUGGCGCCUGAAAUAAAUAAGUUGCGACAAUCUGUUGAGAAGUUAUUGAUAUAAUAGGGUAACA